UCUGGCUAUAAAAGCUGAAGCGAUUGCAGCAGAAGCACCAGAUCAGUGCUUAGGAGGCUGAUCAAGCUGACCACGGUACAGCUUGUACUUGGAGCCAUGAGCGCUGUCGGGUUUGACCCCUACUUCUCCUCCUCUUACAAACGAUGGUAUGUGGAGAGCAGCCCUCGGGUACCCCAGCGUGGUCGAUCCCGCACCACGUUCUCUGCCCACACCCCCUCUCUCUCUUCAACCCGACUCCACUAUGCCUCACCCGGCCGGACCUCCUAUCUGCUGAGCAGCCCCGGACGAUCCACGGACCUGGACCUCGGCCAUGCUGUUCAGGUAAGCGCAGAAUUCCGUGCAGUCCGAACACAGGAAAAGGCCCAGCUGCAGGACCUCAAUGACCGCUUCGCUGGUUACAUUGAGCGAGUCCAUGAACUGGAGCAGCAAAACCGUGCCUUGGAAGCUGAGCUGCUCAUGUUGAGGCAGAGACAGCCUUCCCGUUCUAGGGCCCUGUACGAUCAGGAAGUCCGAAAUCUGAGAGCUGCCGUAGAGGAUGCCCGUAUGGAAACACAGGCCGCCCUGAGCCAGAGGGAGAGGAUGGAAGAUGCUCUCCGCAGCCUGCAGGCCGCCUAUGAGGAAGAGGUGGAAGCCAGAGAGGACACUGAAAACAAGCUGAUGGAAGCCCGGAAGGAGGCGGAUGAUAGCGCUUUGGCCCAGGUGGAGCUGGAGAAAAAAGUAGACUUGUUGCUCAGUGAGCUGACUUUCAUAAAGAAGGUCCAUGAGGGGGAGAUCUCAGAGCUACAGGCCCAAAUUCAGUAUGGAGCACAGAUUGCGGUUGAAGCUGAAACCAUCAAACCCGAUCUGUCAAGUGCCCUACGGGACAUCAGAGCUCAGUAUGAGAAGCUGGCAGCCAAGAACAUCCAAUCAGCCGAAGAAUGGUUCCGGGGAAAGAUGGGCCAUUUGACAGAGACUGUAGCCCAUCGCACCGAUGCAAUGAGGAACUCAAAGGAUGAAGCAGGAGAGUAUCGCCGUCAGCUGCAGGCAUGUGUCCUUGAGAUUGACGCCUGCAAGGGCCUGAAUGAGUCUCUUGAAAAGCAACUCAGAGAUGUGGAAGACAAGCAGAGCACAGAGAUUGCUGCAAUGCAGAAUACCAUUGGUGAUCUUGAGGAUGAACUUAGAGCAACUAAGGGUGAGAUGGCAAGAUAUCUUAAAGAGUACCAGGAUCUUCUUAAUGUUAAGAUGGCCCUUGAUAUUGAGAUAGCUGCUUACAGGAAAUUACUUGAGGGGGAGGAGUCUCGCUUUAAUGUGGGCAUGGGAGGUUUGGUUGGCUCAUACGCCAGUGGUCCCGUCUACUCCCGGCCCAUGCUCUCACUGUCCAGCAUGAGCUCUGGUGCCCCCUACCUGCUUGGCUCUCGUCUGGUCAGCAUGUCUUUCUCAGCUGAUGAGGCCAUUACAUCCAGUCAAGCAAAACAAGAUGAAGCCACCCCAACACAGGAAGAAGAAGAGGAAAAAGAGGAAGAAGAGAAGGAAGAGGAAGAAGUGAAGGAAGAAGAAGAAGAAGAGAAAGAAGAAGAGGAGAAAGAGGAAAAAGAAGAGGAAGAAGCUACAAAAGAAGAAGAGGAAGGUGGUGAGCAAGAAGAAGAAACUGAAGAUGGUGCAGAGCAAGAAGUAAAGGGAGAAGAGGAGGUUGAAGAAAAGGAGGAAGUUAAGGGGGAAGAUGAAGUUGAAGAAGUUAAAGGAGAAGAUGUGGUUGAAGAAAAGGAUGAAAGUAAAGUAGAAGAUGAGGUUGAAGAAAAGGAGGAAGUUAAAGGAGAAGAUGAGGAGAAAGCCGAAGAUAAAAAGGGAGAAGGGAAAGAUGAAGAGAAAGUAGAGGAAAAAGAAGGAGAAGGGGAACAGAAGGAAGGCGAGCAGAAAGAAGUAGAUAAGGAGGAGAAAGGGGAGAAAGCUGAUGAGAAAGGUGCUGACAAAGAGGAUAUUAAGACUGAGACAGGAAAAAGUGAGGGAAAAGCUGACACAAGUGCUGAAAAGGACAAAAAGGACACUGAGACAGCUAAAGGCAAGGGAGAUGAAGCAGAGAAAGACAAAAGUGAGCCAAAGACUGAAAAAGCCAAAGAUGAGGUAAAACCCGAACCGGCCAAAGAGAAAGCAGAGGAAAAAACUAAAGCGGUGCCUGAACCAGAGUCAGUCAAAGAUAAAGUCAAAGAGGAGGCAGAGAAACCCAAACCAAAGGAUAAGGUUGAGCCAGAAAAAGCCAAGGGCAAAGAUGAAGGCAAGAAGGCCAAGAGUGAGAAAAAGGAAAGUGUAAAGCAGGAGAAGGGAAAAGAGGAAACUGAGAAACCUAAAGGAAAGAAAUAAUGUAUUAAACCUACUGUAUAACAGCACAAAUACCAGUAGCCUGACCUGCUUCUCUAGUCUUACCUGAGUCUGUAACUUAUCAAUGCUUUGAUAAAUGGUGCUCAGUGCAAAUAGCAAUACAAUAUUUGAAAUGUAUCAGCUUUAAAAUGAAAUAAUGUUUGUUUCAUGUUUCUGAGAUGCUUUACACGUCUGAAUGAAUGCUUGUGAAGUCGGUCUAUUUUUGAAUGAAGCAACUUUCUUGUGAUAUAUUUCCAAACAUGAAAUCAUGCUUCCAGUGCAAUAAAAACAAAUGUCUUGA